AUGCUUUUUUCUCUUUUCCUAUCCAAAUCCUACAGUGAAAUGGGCAAGGGUAUCUUUAGUACAUACUUCAAUCAAAAGAUUGUUGAUGUUACUGCUAGUGGAUCAUCAAAACAGCGGAUUAAUGGUACAAAGCAGAUGACAAAGCCUGAAUACGCCAUCUACCCUUGGGAUAAGAAAUAUGACUGGUGCUCAAAUUGUGGCCGUACUUAUGAAGAGCAUCCAUAUAUUAUUUUCUCAUUAAAUUCAAGAAAAAUCAAGUUCAACGGCUAUUUAAUUCGCGCUGGAUGCUGCUACGAAAGCGGCUGUUGCUGUGAAGAAGAGUACUAUGGAUACUGCAUUGACUGCUGCCUCUAUUCAUGGUCUCUCCAGAUUUCAGAAGAUAACGAGACAUGGACAACAGUCCACCAAGUCAGCAAAGACCGUGACAUGCGUCGCUGCAAGGAGAAAACAUACACACUCGAAAAAGAAUACAGCGCCAAGUACGUCCGUCUUAUCCAAGAUGAAGCCUGCCCCGGAUACCCUCCGUGCAUCGCCAUCAACAAGAUGGAACUGUUUGGCAACAGUAUUCAAUUCGAAGAAAAUCCAGACGCUGAUUUCGUUUCAUUCCACGAUGACGACGAAGAUGUCAGCAUCAUAGGCCACAUUUCUAGAAACAGCCACAACUAA